UAAACGGAUUGGGGAAAAGGCUUCAGAGUCAGCAGCUGGUGGAUUAGUAGGACUGCUACCAUCAGCGGAAAGAGCUGGGGUUUAGUAGUGUCUGUUGCUACCUUUCGUACUGAAGUUGAAGUGAAGGUGGGAAAAAUACAAAUUCAUUGCAAAAUGCCGUCCUUGCGUGAGCGCUUUGAGAGUUUCCUGAACGAGAAGAACUUCAUCACCAAUAUUCUAGGGAAGAUUGAGGAGAAGACUGGCGUGCGGAAAUAUCAUCUGGCUACAGGUUCAGUAUCCUUCCUUGGUCUGUAUCUUGUGUUUGGAUAUGGAGCAUCCCUAUUGUGCAAUUUGAUUGGUUUUGUAUACCCAGCUUACUUUUCAAUCAAAGCUAUUGAAAGUACAAAUAAAGAUGAUGACACAAAAUGGCUGACGUACUGGGUAGUAUACGGAAUAUUUAGUGUUGCUGAAUUUUUCUCAGACAUUUUCCUUUAUUGGUUCCCUCUUUAUUACGCUGGAAAGUGUUUGUUCUUGCUCUGGUGCAUGGCACCAGUCGCGUGGAAUGGUUCUCAGAUGAUCUACAAUCGAGUUGUCCGCCCUCUGUUCCUCAAACAUCAUGCCACUGUGGAUAAUGUUGUUAAUAAACUCGGUGGAAAAGCUCUGGAUGCAGCAGAAUGUUUGACAAGGGAAGCGAUGAAACUGCAUUCUGAAAAAGACAAGAAUAACUGAGGAUUACAGAAUGAACAGACCACCUGCGAGGUCAAGCUAUUCGCACAUUAGAAGAACAGAAAUGCUGAGAUUUUGACAAAAAAACAGCAAUUCACUAAAAUCACAAAGGGUUAAUCAGCAUCUGAAAGAGAAAGAUUGAAGUUAAUUUUCCAGGUGGUAUCUUCCAUUGGAAUCUGGAACGAGCUGUCUUUUUCUUUGUUUUCAAAUGUUGAUCCUCUCCCUGUGUAUGUCUCGUCUCGUACUUUGUUUCUACUUCUGAUCCAAUCAGUCUCCAGUCCGAGUAACAUAAGUGGCAUGCAGCAAAACCUUAUUCUACAAAAUCCCUGAACUGUCUGAAAAUUCCUUUUGAAACAACUGAAGUUGGGCUGGUAUUUCCCAUGCAAAUUGUGCAUGGUUCUGUACUUCCGUUACAAUCUUUAGGCUUGGGGGGGUUGUGCCCCACCCCCACCCCAACACUACCAUCCCUUGAUCGCAAAACCUCACCAGAAAUUGGUUCAAAACAAAGAACAUUCCUUUCAAAAUAUCAUUGGUUUAACUGCAAUUUGGACGUACGCACUGCUCUGUUGAUUGUAGAGUUGUAACCUGCACCAAACUGGAGGCAUAUGAUGGAGAUGAUAUAGAUUUGCCUUUUGGUUUUGAAAAGAUCAUGGAAGGGGGUGGGGGUGGUGGUGGUGGUGGUGGAGCUGGGUCAAAAUGGUUUGAUAUCAAUUCAUCUCCGGCUGACUUCAUGACUGGAUUUGUUUGCAGUCAUUUAGUCAGUCAGUUAAUUCAGUUAGCUAGAUAUCUAGAGUGAUACAAAAUAAUGCCAGUGAUGCAGGUUCACUGACUAUGGUAGCUCAUAAGAGGCCUGCUUCAUUGCCUUGCCCCAUGCUUGCGGAGUGGUGCCCUCAAGCUAUAUAACCAACUGUCUUUCUCAAUUGGAGAGAGAGAGAGAGAGAUGCCUGUAGUCUUUUUGUGGAUUAUGCCUAAUCAUCUUGCAUCCCAUUAUAAAUCCUCUGAUCAGUUCAGGCCAGAAUGUUAAAUGUAAGUGUGUACGAGUAUACACUCAAUUGGAUAACUGACACCAAUUUUUAAGAUCACUUUUUGAAAAUCUGUAUAGUUGAAGCCUGUGCUAAAAGUAUUUAUGGGGAAUGACUUCAUUCAUUCUGGGAAAUUCUAAAUGAGGUUUUGCAGCAAAUUUAAAUUUAUCAUCACUUAUUGGCCCGAGUUGAUAGAUUAACGACCCUGUCAGAAUCUGUGUUUGACACUGACUCCAAAGUGAGCAAUUCCUAAUUUUAAAAUUGUGCUGUUAGACUGGGAAAUUCAAGUAAUGUUUUUUAUAAUGGAUUUUUCAGCAAAUUCAGGUCUCCUAUCUCGUUUACCAAAUUUUAUACACUGGAUAGUCAUAGUUUUUGUAUGUUGUGCUCCAAUUACAACUCCUGGACAGGUGAUUUGCUCUUAUCUUGCUUAUGCUGGCCUUGAAGCGUGUUUGUGUGUGUGCGUCUAUGAAUGUGUGGCCUGGUGAUUUUUUUUUGUUGUUUUCCUUCACCACCCCUCCAUUGACAGGAACUGGAAUUGCACUGAGCCAGCUUUCUAUGGUUUAAGGCUCUCAACAAAAGCUGUCUCCCCAUUUUUAUUAAAACUUACUUGGCUUCCUUUUAGUAGUGCGAUUUCUUUGUACUGUGCAGGGAGAUAGAAGAGCCCUGUUGAGAUCAACUUCUGGAAUUCAAUUGCCUUAAACUGCCUUGGCGAAAGAACCAUUAACUCAGUAACUUAAUGGGACCUUGGAAGAGUCUGAGUAGCAAUUCUACCGUUGCUCUUUCUGGUGGGGUGGAAUGAAAUAAUUUUGGUUUAGAAAUAAUGUUGAAUAAAAGGAACAAACACGUUCAUUUGUCAUCUUAUCCAAGGAAAGAUGCGUACUAUCUUCAGAAAACUAAGAUUGAGUGGAAGUUUCAAGAGCUUUUUCUUAAUUCCAAGUAAUCAAUCUAAGACAUUAACUUGAAUAUACUCUAGGAACCUUCAGACAAUCUACUGCAGUUUGAUUUUUUUAUUUUUGCAUUUGUUCUCAUCAGUUUAGUAUUUCAUUGUUUUGAGAAACAGAUGCCAAAUGAGCACUGUUUUAAACCCAAAAUACAGACCUGUGGGAGGUAAGCUAGCACUGCACUGCGCUCUAAUGUUUUUACAAGUGCUACAGUAGUUUCUGUAAUUUGCUUGUUUAAAUGAAGUUGGGUCAGGUAUUUAUAUAGUUGUGUUUUUUUAAAAAAACUAUCUUCAGAAGAAAUGGACAAGCAACUUUGAUAAACAUGGGGAGUGUGGAAUUGUCGCAAUUUCAGUGAGUAUUUCCUUUUAAAAAUCAACAUUGCGUCAAUAGAAAAAAUGUCAAUCACAGCAAAAAAAAGUGCAAAUAUUAAGUUUAAAGUGCAAUUCAUUGAAGGGAGCUUUCCACCUCGCAUUAAUUAUUACAGACUUCAGAAAGCUAAGUGAAAAUCCUGACUUUGGAGACUUAAGGCAGUGCUUAAUUUGUUGCAGUUAUGGGGACCACGCUUUAUUGAUUGCAGGGUUAGUCAGUUUUAAUAACCUCUGUUUACUGUGUUGUGGAACAAUGACUCAGUUAGAUGCACUACUUGUUACUUUAAAUAAGCUCAAUAAAAUAUUGAACCAG